CUAACCACAGCACGAUUCGCAACGUCCACUCCGACGUGAGAACACGCGCCAACCAAACUCAUUUCACCAACCCUAUUCGGUGAAAUCAACCUGUUGCAAUUUCAAAUUAAGAAUCACUUACAAAAUGGCCAACGAAAUGUGGAUCGUUUUCGUGGUAGUCAUCGCUUCAGCCACAGCGAUGCCGACCCGACAGGAGCCUGACAAGAUGGAUGUCAACGACGUGCUGAACAAGACCGUCUGCCCUAUCAAGAUCCGCAUCGACGAAGACGAGAACCGCAUCCCGCGGCGGAUCAAAGUGAUGGAGUGCGCGGAGAACAGCAACCAAUGGUGCGCCAAGAAGAACGUGCCUCCCAACGAGUGUUGCCAGCAUCGGCACGACAAAGUUGUGAUGCGAUGUGUGGAGAUACAAGAUCACGUGCAAGUGCUUUACAAGACGAACCAGGAGCCGCAGACGAUACGGGUGUCUGUGGGCUGUAUGUGCAUGAUGCAGGACUCGACUGAAGCGACGAAUUCGUCCCCGAGCUGACCGCGCCGCCGCACGCGCCGCCGUCGCCGCCGCCGUGGCCGCCCGCACUCUCAUAGUUCCUAGCUCUCUGAGCCUCUGCCUGUAAUUUAUUGUGUGAAUGCAGAUCAUGCGUGUAAUGUAUAUUGUGGUAUGUGAUACCAGUGACCCGCCGAGAUCUCCCGACCCUAUGGCGUCGGAAAAUUAGGCAGCA